UUUCCAAAGGUUUUGUCUGCGGCCACACUGUUCCAUAUAAUAUUUGCAUCUUUGCAUCUCGCCACUUGUUUUCUUUUUUUUUGUUCUUGAGCUAAUAAGAACCGAAUCGAUUUAAGGCUCAUCGAUAAUUAUAAUCGACGCCAGCUAGCGAUCUAUAUUCUUGCAGGCAUCGUUCCCAAAUAACCGGCGAAAGCUGAGACCGAAAUUUUUGCAAGUUUCGACAAAACUAAAAUUCGCGAUGAGUGCACAGCCAAGUCCGCUAAUGAAUCCCCAGCAGCAGCAGCAGAGUGAGCAGGAGAAGGUGUACCAGUGGAUCAACGAGCUGGCCCAUCCGGACACCAGAGAGACCGCAUUGCUUGAACUGAGCAAAAAGCGCGAGACCGAUUUGGCCCCUAUGCUGUGGAACAGCUUCGGAACUGCAUGUGCGCUGUUGCAGGAGAUCGUCAACAUAUAUCCAUCAAUAACGCCUCCCACACUGACGGCACACCAGUCAAACCGCGUCUGCAACGCCCUGGCACUGUUGCAGUGCGUCGCCUCGCAUCCGGAAACUCGAACGGCCUUCCUGCAGGCCCAGAUACCGCUGUACUUGUACCCCUUUCUAUCGACCACGUCGAAGACUAGGCCUUUUGAGUACCUUCGUCUGACCAGUCUGGGCGUCAUUGGAGCGCUAGUUAAGACCGACGAACAGGAGGUUAUUACCUUCCUGCUGACUACAGAGAUUGUUCCACUCUGCCUUAGCAUUAUGGACAGCGGAUCGGAGCUGAGCAAGACUGUGGCCACAUUCAUCAUCCAGAAGAUACUUCUCGACGAGUCUGGUCUGUCGUACAUUUGCCAGACAUACGAACGCUUCUCUCACGUGGCCAUAACCUUGGGCAAAAUGGUCAUCCAAUUGUCUAAGGAUCCGUGCGCUCGCUUGCUCAAGCAUGUAGUGCGUUGUUAUCUACGUCUCUCGGACAACACUCGCGCUCGCAAAGCCCUGGGGCAAUGUCUGCCCGACCAACUACGUGACGGUACCUUCGCGCUCUGCCUGCAGGACGACAAAUCCACCAAGCAGUGGCUUCAGAUGCUACUCAAGAACCUGGAGCUCGGCGCUACACCGCAACAGAUCGGUAUGUCACCGCUGGGUUCCUAGACCAUUCUAGUAUCGCUUAGGCAUCGGACUGGGCUUGGCAACCGAGCGAGUUCCAUUUGGUAGUUAACUAUUUGACCAAAUAUUUAGUGAGAUUGCACGAGAUUGCCUGUGUCUAACCUAAGCAAAACUGUAAUAUAACUAUAAAUAAUUGUAUAAGCCGAUAAAGCUAUGUUUAAAGUAAGUUUGUCUCUGAUAGUAAAUAAAGAAUCUUAAACAGACAAUAUAUGUA